AUAGAAGCAGCGAGGCUUCCGAACAACAGCAUUAGCCAUCGUCCAAUUAACCGUAAAAGGAAAGAGGCCAAUAGCGAAGUAGUAGAAGGAUUUAAUAAGAAUUCCAAAGGUCGUCCUAUACAGCAAUCAGGGUUAUCACUAAAUAUCACAGUUAGUCAUCACACUGAUAUUUUACUAACCGCCCAGCAAUCAGAAGGCUCAGAAUGUCAGUCUAAUGACGAUUUAAGAAAAGAACAAAAACAGGGAAUGUUAAUGCAAAUACCAGGUUUAGCUACAACAAUCCGAAAUCAGAAUAUGUCUUGUGAUUCCAUUUUAGUUGCCGACCAGUUAGUGCAGAGUAUAGCAAAUAAAUCACCUUCAAUAACCGAAGAAAUGCAGGACCCAAAAACAAGAGGUCCAUCCACAAAUGCUCCCAAUUCAAUGGAUCCGAAAUCAAGAAAACCUUCUGAAAAUGCAUCUCCAAGAGGCCAAUCCCAAGUUUCUCCCAGUAGGGAAACAAAGAGGGCUACAGGAGAGCCUUCCCCAAGAGGGCAAUCCAAAGUGUCUCCCAGUGGGGAAGAAAUGAGGAAUUCAGAGAAAUCAUCUUCAAGAGGUCAGUCCGAAGUUUCUCCCAGUGGGGAAACAAGGAGGCCUACAAAGGAGUCAUCUCCAAGAGGCCAAUCCCAAGUUUCUUGCACUGGGGAAACAAGGAGGACUUCAGAGAAGUCAUCUCCAAGAGGUCAAUCCCAAGUUACUCCCAUCGAUGAAGAAAGGAGGACUUCAGAGAAGUCAUCUCAAAGAGGCCAAUCUCACGUCUCUCCCAGUGGGGAAGAAAGGAGGAAUUCAGAGAAAUCAUCUUCAAGAGGCCAAUCCCAAGCUUCUCCCACUGGGGAAACAAGGAGGACUUCAGAGCAAUCAUCUCCAAAGCGUCAAUCCCAAGUUUCUUCCAGUGGGGAAGGAAAGAGGAAUACCGAGAAAUUAUCUCCAAUAGAACAAUCCCAUGUUUCUCCCAGUGAUGAAGAAAGGAGGAAUUCAGAGAAAUCAUCUCCAAAGCGCCAAUCCCAAGUUUCGUCCGCUGGGGAAACAAGAGGGACUUCAGAGCAUUUAUCUCCAAGGCGUCAAUCCCAAGAUCCUGACAAGUAUGAAGGAACAAGUGAUGAAGUAAAAUCGUCUUCAAAACAUCCAUCUAAUWGGAAYUCCAAUGAAGAGCCAAAGACCGAUGAUUUUCGUUUUAAUGACAUCGUAGCUGAACAGGAAGCUUCGCUGCAUCAGGAUGUAAACAACGCAGGAUCACAAGAGGUAGCUCAAAAUCAAAAUAAUGAAGAUUCAGGAAACAAUUCAGGGCAAACAAAGAUCAAAACUCACGUUUAUAAAUCAACUGAGGAAGAGAAAGUCGAUGCAGAUGGAACUCGAGUUAACUCGCUAUAUAUCGACUCCAUAUCUGAUAUGGAAUUGGCGGACAAUAACAAUGCUGAGCUCCAGACAGUAGAGAGCGAAGAAGCUGAAUAUGUCGUCCAGAUUAACAACUGCUUCAGGGGACCGCAGUGCACGAAUGCCUGCGGCUAUUGUUGUUCCGCAUAUUGGCGAAUGUGCAAUAUGCGGGGCUGCAAUAACCGCAUGAACUGUCCAGGGACAUCCAACUGCAAUGGACAGUGCUGUUCGUACAACUGCUGUCGUUCCCGACAGCGUUAAAGGCUUCUUCUGCAGCUUGGCAGCGCCAGCAGGAGUCGGCAUUUUAAUAGCCUCGGCACACACAGCAGCACAAUAAAUAUUUGCCUAACAACAUUUGCAUAUUGUCUUGCUGAGAGCUUUAUCCUGGCUAUGGCUUACUUGACACAAUUCUCGCAAUUCCAAAUAAUUUGCGGUUGACCAGAUUGUUAAUAUAACUGGCGAUUAGCAGAGCCAUAAACUUCUGUGCACUUUCCGAAUUAAAUGCAUUUCAGCAGCAAAGCCCCAAAGU